UGUGGUCGUGGGUUCGAGCCCCACGGUGGGCGAUUUCUUAGUUCUCAGCGCCAGAAACGUGUACGGAAAUGGAUUGAUUUCCAGAUCUUUUUCAUUUUAACUUUUCAAUCACUUUUUUCAGAUUGAUUUCCAGUUCUAGUUCAUCCACAACCACGAUCUUCAACAAAUUAUCAGAGAGAAAGUUACAAAUUUAGUUCCCAAAUUCGAUACUAAUGGCCGCUUAUGCGGCUUUCCUUCGUGCCGGAAUCAAAUCGAGAUCGGUUCAGGCAACCAACACAUCGCUGUUGCAAGGCGGUUUCAUCUCCACAAAUACACUUUCAUCUUCAUCUCAUUUCAAUCCGAGUUUUAGCAGAUUUGAUUGCAGACAAGUUUCUCAACAACCUCAAUCUAAUGGAAAGCGCCUGUUUCUCGUCGAUACCCUAGCCCUAGUGAGGAGAUUAGAGGGUGAAGGUGUGCCUUCAAAGCAAGCUGAAGCAAUUACGUCUGCCAUUAUCGAGGUUUUGAAUGACAGUUUGGAAAAUGUUGCUCAAUCCUUCGUCUCCAAGGGUGAAAUGGAAAGGAUUGAGAUGAUUCAAGAUGGUAAUUUGGGGAAAUUCAAGUCUCGAGUCCAAAACUCUCAGGAAAACCAUUUUUCAUUAUUGCAACGUGAAACAGAAAAACUUCAGAGUGAUAUAGAGAAGAUGCGCAGUGAGUUAAAGUAUGAAAUUGACAAAGUAACUGCAGGCCAGCGUCUGGAUUUGAAUCUUGAAAGGGGGAGAAUUAGAGAUGAACUAUCGAAUCAAAAUCAAGAAACAUCCAACCUCACAAACAAACUUGAUAAUGAAAUCCAUUCAUUAAGAGCGCAUUUGGAAGCUGCAAAAUACGAUGUGAUAAAGUACUGUAUAGGUACUCUUGUCUCCAUUUCUGCUGUUGGUUUAGCUGUUCUCCGAAUACUUAUGUGAACACUAAUGUUGCCAAUAACUUUUUGUUCCAGAAAACAUGUUACAUUUUUUUUAUCAUUUAUCUGUAAAAUAAAGUAUUUUAGAAACAUUUGUUUUACGUGUUUUUAUGUUUAUAUUGGUUGCUAAA